CUUUUGUAACAGCUAGGUCCCGUGUCGCCCCCAAAAAACAACAGAGCAUUCCACGUCUUGAGCUGUGUGCAGCACUCACAGGUGCACAGCUUGCUAAAGUCCUGAAGACAGAGCUAACGUUACCACUUACUGGUGUCACGCUGUGGUCUGAUUCCACCACAGUGCUAACCUGGCUUUUAUCAGAUUCCUGUCACUUUAAGGUGUUUGUGGGGACCAGAGUGGCAGAAAUACAGGACUUAACUGAAUCUGACACCUGGCGUUAUGUACAGUCGAGUGCCAACCCAGCAGACGCCAUCACAAGAGGGAAGUCUCCUUCUGAUCUCCACAAAGAAAGCAGAUGGAACCAAGGCCCAGCAUUCCUCAGACAAAGACCAGACAGCUGGCCUGAGAUGCCACCAUUAGCCCAUGUAAACCAAGACAGUGAGCUGAAAAAGUCAACCUUCUGUGGACUGUUAACCUCUGCUCUGUCACUGCCAGAUCCUCAACAGUUUCACACUUUCAUAGACUACCUAAAUGCUCUUAUACAAUCAUCAGCUGAAAGCUCUCCGUCCAUUGCAACUGCUGAAGAUUAUAAAGAAGCUGAGCUCACAGCCCUCCGUCAGAUCCAGGCAGAGUCAUUCCCAGAUGAGGUGUUCCACUUGAAAUCUGGUAAAACCUUGCCAACCAAUAGUCGGCUUCUGUGUCUAGCCCCUGAACUGGAUAUUAGCACCAAUCUCAUUCGGGUUGGUGGUCGUCUCAGACAAAUCAGUUCACUAGAAGAAGAUAACAUCCACCCCAUCAUCCUUGAUCCACAUCACCCACUCACCAAGCUUAUCAUCAAAGACUAUGAUGAUCGUCUGCAUCACCCUGGACCAGAGAGGGUGUUUUCGGAACUCAGGAGAAAAUACUGGAUAUUAAGAGGACGAGCAGCUGUCAGACAUCAUCAGCGCCAGUGCACAGAAUGUCAAAAAUGGCGGGCCAAACCACAUCCCCCCAGAAUGGCAGACCUCCCACCAGCCCGGUUGAGAAUUCACCAGCCAGUUUUCUAUUCAACAGGGAUAGAUUGCUUUGGUCCCUAUCUCAUAAAGGUAGGACGCCGAAAUGAGAAGCGUUGGGGGAUCAUCUUCAAGUGUAUGACCACCCGUGCAGUGCAUAUCGAUCUCCUCGCAAGUCUGGACAGUGAUUCCUUCCUGAUGGCCCUUCGUCGCUUCAUUGCUCGACGAGGAAAACCCUUUGAAAUCCUAUCAGAUCAGGGAACAAAUUUCAAAGGUGGAGAAAGGGAGCUUCGAGAUGCCUACACUGCUCUUCAGCCUGAACUCCAAGCUCAACUCGCAAGUCAGCAAAUCAAGUUUGUGUUCAAUCCACCUAAUGCCCCACAUUUCGGUGGAUGCUGGGAGCGGGAGAUUCGGUCCCUGAAAACAGCCCUGCAAGUGACCCUCGGAUCACAGACAGUCACUGAAGAAGUAUUGCGGACUGUUCUCAUUGAAAUCGAGGGGAUUCUCAAUGCCAAACCUCUUGGUUACACAUCUUCAGACAUCGCUGACCCAGACCCAGUUACACCCAACAUCCUGUUGAUGGGGCGGCGGGAUGCCUCACUUCCACAAGUGACAUACCAGGAUUCUGAGCUUCUGAGUCGACGGAGAUGGAGGCACAGUCAGCUAUUGGCCGAUCACUUUUGGAAGCAAUUCAUCCGCAAUUAUCUGCCUAGCCUUCAAAUCAGACAGAAAUGGAUGUCAGAAACAGACAACCUACAGAUAGGUGAGACUGUUAUGAUUGUAGACCAACAACUACCUUGUGCACUCUGGCCUAUUGGAAGGAUUGUUCAAGUUUUUCCUGGAAAGGAUAAUCGAGUCAGAUCAGCUGAGAUCAAGGUGAAGGACAGAACUUACCUAAGGCCAGUGACAAAGAUCAUCAGCCUACCUCCAUUGCCUGAGUGACAUUCCAAUACUGAGUAGGGCCUUUCUUGUUGUUCAAAUUCACUAUGUGAAUUUGGGGGCGGCUGUAAGAAAGGCCACCCCUCGAAAGUGGACUAUUCCAAACCCUCCCGCCUGUAUUCGUGAUUUGGACUGUUCCAAAAACUUUCCGCGCUGUGGAAAACAAGACGGUAUUGAGGAUGGAUGUGUGGAUGUGCUUAUAGUCAAUAGUUGAUAAGUUAAAGUAGUUAGAAGUGCACUUGUUUAGAGAUUGUGUGGAUAUAUGUGUGCGUGCAACUAAUCAACCACACACAUCUUUGCACAAUAAAUC